AUGUCUUUUCAGGAUAUUCAACAAUCAGAACAUUUUUUAUUGAGACCAUCAGAGAAAGUACAGAAGUUAGAAACCUCACAAUGGCCUUUAUUAUUAAAGAAUUUUGAUAAGUUAAAUGUUUUGACCAACCAUUAUGUACCAAUACCAUCUGGAUGUUCACCACUAAAACGCUCUAUUGAAGAUUAUGUCAAGUCAGGUUUUAUAAACUUAGAUAAACCAGCCAACCCAUCAUCACAUGAAGUUGUAGCAUGGGCUAAACGUAUAUUAAAAGUAGACAAAACUGGUCACAGUGGUACAUUAGAUCCUAAAGUUACAGGAUGUUUGAUAGUGUGUAUUGAAAGAGCUACUAGAUUAGUAAAAUCUCAACAAGGUGCAGGAAAAGAAUAUGUCUGUAUAUUUCAUUUACAUAGCCCUGUAGAAGAUGAACAAAAAGUUGCCAAGAAUAUAGAAAGGUUAACUGGUGCAUUAUUCCAAAGACCGCCAUUAAUCUCAGCUGUAAAAAGACAACUUCGUGUUCGAACUGUUUAUGAAUCUAAAAUGUUAGAAUAUGAUAAAGAUAAGGGCAUGGGUGUAUUCUGGGUAAGCUGCGAGGCUGGCACGUACAUCAGGACCAUGUGUGUUCAUCUUGGACUCUUCCUUGGGGUCGGAGGUCAGAUGCAAGAAUUGCGACGAGUUCGUUCUGGCAUUAACUCAGAAAAGGAAGGAUUAGUUACUAUGCAUGACAUAUUAGAUGCUCAAUGGUUAUAUGAAAAUCAUAAAGAUGAAUCGUAUUUAAGAAGAGCUAUUAAACCAUUAGAAGCUUUACUCACAUCCCAUAAACGUGUAAUAAUGAAAGAUACUGCUGUAAAUGCUUUAUGUUAUGGAGCUAAGAUAAUGUUACCAGGUGUAUUGAGAUUUGAAGAUGGUAUUGAAAUAGGACAAGAAAUAGUAAUAAUUACCACAAAAGGAGAAGCUAUUGCCCUAGCUAUAGCAUUAAUGACUACUGCAGUGAUGUCAACCUGUGAUCAUGGAGUUAUAGCUAAGUUAAAACGUGUUAUAAUGGAGAGGGAUACAUAUCCUAGAAAAUGGGGACUAGGUCCCAAGGCCAGUAUCAAGAAGAAAAUGAUCAAGUCUGGUUUAUUAGAUAAAUUUGGUAAACCAACUGAUAAAACACCUAAAGACUGGAAAAAUUCCUAUACAGAUUACAAGUAA